AUAGCAAGAACACUCCCCAAAAUUAACUUUUUGCAAACAGUAAAAUAAAACGGAGACAAAAAUAGUGAGUUUAAGGCUUGUAAACACAAGAUAUUGAUCUGGCCAUUUUGGUCCUCUCACUUUUAAUCUUAAAUUUAGACCAGGAAGUAAUUGGAUUAAGUCCAAAUCAGCCCUGUUUUGGAGCGGCUUGGGUCAACGGUUGUGGAAAAGCUCAAAUUUCCGACAACAUUUGAAUGCAGCGGGAGUCCUCCCAGUCGAAUCUGGCAGAACGUGACGACGUGCCGACUCGGAGCCGAGAAGCGAGGUUUCCUGGCGGAGCAGCAGAGGGAGCAGGAGCCGAGCGGUUCAGUCAGUUUUUGGCGCAAACCCUCUUCUCUUCAGCUCAACACCGGCGGCUAUGGCUCCAUCGCUGUCCUCCUGAAGAGACGUUACUCCGUCGGAUGCUCCACUAACCGUCGAGGAGGGAAAGAGGAGGGAAGGAGGAGGGAAGGAGGAGGAGGGGGCAUCCCUAUCAGUCUUCAACUACCAGGCUGACUCACGCCAGGAGAGCCUGAACACACGGAAAGGUUUCCGAGACCACAAGAGUCAGGGACACUGUGGAACAGAGCUGAAGAAGGAAGGUGUGGAGAAGAAAACGGAGAGAGGGAGAAGGAUAGACGACAAGGAGAGAAAGUGGAUUUGUAUCUGUGCUGAGGAGAACAGCAAGUGACAGCUGGAAUACGAGAGAGAGGAAAAGUUUUAGAGAACAGCAACCGCCAGUAAUCAAGGUGAUCCAUCGGAAAGGUCGAGCUGACCUCUAAAGUUCAGAAGAACCAAGCGUCCCUGCAACCCCUCCAACUGCUGUCACAGAACGGUCACCACACUGGGAGAACUGGAAGAACUGGUGUUGAGGAGAAGCCACCAUGAGCGACCAGAACGUCGUCAAGGAAGGCUGGGUCCAGAAAAGAGGCGAAUACAUCAAGAACUGGCGACCACGUUACUUUCUGCUCAAGGCAGAUGGCUCCUUCAUCGGCUACAAGGACAAACCGCAGGACUCGGACCUGGCCUAUCCGCUCAACAACUUCUCUGUAGCAAAAUGUCAAUUGAUGAAGACAGAACGACCCAAACCAAACACCUUCAUCAUCCGCUGUUUGCAGUGGACCACCGUCAUCGAGAGGACUUUUCAUGUCGAUACUCCUGAUGAGAGGGACGAGUGGGCCGAGGCCAUCCAGAUGGUUGCAGAAUCGCUGGCUAAACAGGAGGAGGAAGGUAUCCUGUGCAGCCCCACUUCCCAGAUUGAGAACGUUAAUGAGGAGGAGAUGGACACGUCCAUCAGUCACUACAAACGAAAGACAAUGAAUGACUUUGACUAUCUGAAGCUUCUGGGCAAAGGCACGUUUGGAAAAGUCAUUCUGGUGAGGGAGAAGGCGAGCGGCACCUACUAUGCCAUGAAGAUCCUGAAGAAGGAAGUCAUUAUAGCCAAGGAUGAAGUUGCUCAUACGCUCACGGAAAGUAGAGUAUUAAAAAAUACUCGGCAUCCAUUCCUAACAUCUUUGAAGUACUCAUUCCAGACCAAGGACCGGCUUUGCUUUGUAAUGGAAUACGUCAAUGGAGGAGAGCUGUUUUUCCACUUGUCUAGAGAGAGGGUGUUUUCAGAGGACCGCACUCGUUUUUACGGCGCCGAGAUUGUUUCUGCUUUAGACUACCUUCAUUCUGCCAAGAUCGUCUACCGUGACCUCAAGCUGGAAAACCUCAUGUUAGACAAAGAUGGCCACAUCAAGAUCACAGAUUUUGGCCUGUGUAAAGAAGGGAUUACGGACACUGCGACCAUGAAGACCUUCUGUGGAACACCGGAGUACCUCGCUCCUGAGGUUCUGGAGGACAACGACUACGGGCGGGCGGUGGACUGGUGGGGUCUGGGCGUAGUUACGUAUGAGAUGAUGUGCGGCCGACUUCCGUUCUACAACCAGGACCACGAGAAGCUGUUUGAGCUCAUCCUGAUGGAGGAGAUCAAGUUUCCACGGACUCUGUCUGCUGAUGCCAAGUCACUGCUGUCAGGGCUGCUGAUCAAGGACCCCAACAAACGGCUGGGCGGCGGGCCGGAUGACGCUAAGGAGAUUAUGAGGCACAGCUUCUUCGGCACAAUCGAUUGGCAGGACGUGUACGACAAGAAGCUGGUCCCUCCCUUCCAGCCGCAGGUCUCCUCAGAGACGGACACGCGCUACUUUGACGAAGAGUUCACAGCACAGACCAUCACCAUCACUCCACCAGAAAAAUACGACGAGGACGGGAUGGACGCAGCGGACAACGAGCGACGGCCUCAUUUUCCACAAUUCUCCUACUCAGCCAGCGGGCGGGAGUGAGUUGAGCGCUUCGUCCCAGUCAGCCACCGUCGUCCCCGGUCGUGGCCAUUUUGAGGAAAACGCGUAGCCAUUCUAGGAAAAAAAAAAAAGAAUUACCAGUCUCCCCUUUUUCUCUCCCCGUCUGCCUCGUCGCAGACGUGAAGAAGUCUUUUUAGGGACUUUAAAAGAAGUUUUUGCACAGUGGGAUAGACUCAAGCUGGUCUCCCCACACUAAAAAAAAAAAAGUCUCCUACAUUUUCAGCGCUAUUUACUGCAGAAGGCAAUGUUUUUGUUAUUUAUUUUUUUCUCUCCAUCGGUUUUAAGUUGUUAAGCCCAUUCUCUUUGCGAUUAUCUUUUUUUUUUUUUGCCCUUUUUUUUUUUUCUUCUUUGACAUUUUUGCACUUGGUUUCGAAGAGCCGUUUUAGGGAACAAAAAACCAAAAAUGUUGCCUUAUGUGUGCAGAUGUUUCGUAUCAUGCAGACAGGGUGGUUUUGUUGUCGUCUGUCGUUUUGUUUUUGUUUUUGUUUUUUGGGAGAGGGCAGCCGGAUUUUGAGUCUUGAGGAAAAGUGCAUGGCUCAUGUUUCACUCAUUUCUCAUUCAUCUGUCGUGGUGGCACACAUUUCUAAAACCAUGGCGAAGAAAAUCAGCUAAAAAGUAAAAAAGCAAAAAAAAAAAAGAAAGAAUGAGUGUACCAUUUCCUUCAUCGCUGCAGUCACUACUUUUUUUUUUUCUUUAAUGGUUCCUGAUUCUGAAACACUAAACUGCCGCACAGCUCACUCAGGCGCUCCAGAGCACAAGCAGGUUCAGACUCCGCUCUGCGCUCCAGCUUUCCACAGACUUUGCCACUCUUCGGUUUCUCAUCUUCGCUGUAGGACAAGGGCAAAUGUAGUUUAAAGUAUGUGUGUACUGUAUGCAUGUGGGAUGCGGAUGCUGUCAAAGCACGCACACUUAUAAAACACACACACACACACAUUACAAACACAUUACAAACACGUGUAUUUUCUCCUCCAGCUCUGACUGGUGUGGACAGCGACCUACUAUUGUCAUUGUAGAUUAAAUAAAAGGACUAAAUUACCACUAGAAAAACUCUGGAAUCCGAAGAAUGAUUGAAAAGCUGGGAUAUUUCUGAGCUCCAAAAGUCAAAAAUGGUUGAGAAAAAAGUUCAGACCUUUUGAGAUUAAUGUCAGAAAAUUUCUAAAAGAAACAAGAAAACCUCUGAAUUUCAAAUGUUGAAAAUUUGCAAGAAAAAAAAAGACAUUUUUUUUAAACAAUAUGGGAAAUUCUGAGUUCGUAGAGUAGAAAAGUUUUGACUUUUUCAACUUUCUGAGUUCAAAAAGUUGAAAAUUUCUAUCAAAAUAUACUCUGAAAUUAAUUUAGAAAUUAAUCUAAUUGUGAAGUUGAAAGUUUAUGAGCUACAAAAAUGGAGUUCAGAAAUUUUCAAGAAAAAAUUUCAUAAAGUCAGAACUGGAACUUAAGGAAAUUUUUUUGAGUUUCAAAAGUCUAAAACCUUCGACUUGUAGAGCUAAAAAUAUUUCAGUUUUUUUCUGGAAAAUUUCUGAGGUAAAUCUAAAAAAUUCUAAGUUUUUUUGUCUGGAAAUGUAUUAUUAUUAUUAUUAUUAUUAUUAUUAUUAUUAUUAUUAUUAUUUUAUAGUGGCCCUAAUACGCUGGUAGGUGUUGGCGGUUAAACUCCGGAAUAAAUCAGAUGUUUUGCGAAAAACGGUUGCUGUUGUCAGGCUCACCAGUAGGGGGAGUUCUCAAAGAGCCCAUUGAAUUUAAAUGACAUUUCACUUCCAUCUUAAAGCGAAUCUUUCAAAACAUAAGCUUGUGUUCUUAUUACCACAGAACUGGUUCAGUUUAAAUUAACUGUAUCUAAAAUUUGACUUUUUAAUACUUAACUGUGUCUCAUGGCUUCACUGGCUCACAUAGCGGCUUGGUCAAACUUAAGUCUGGUCAAAAAAAUUAGUUUUUUUUAUUAUUAUUUUAAAAUAUCUAAAAUAUAUAUAUAUAUUUUUAAAAUAGAAAACUCUUUUUAUUUAAAAAAACUGAAGUGUUCAAAGCUUCUGAAUGUUACAGAAAACUAAAUGCUGUUCCAUCAGCAAGAAAGCACGUCCUUGUGUCCGACCGUUUUCUUAAAUACUCAAAUCUCAAUGUGUCAAAUGUGAAAUGUUCAGAAGUGUUCGAGAAAAAAGGGAGCUUGAAAAGUCAAAACUUAAGUAGAAGUAAUUCAGAAAUAAAUUGGACAUUAAUCUUAAAAAAAAGUUCUAGAAAGAAAGUCCUGGAAAUUUUUGACUGUUUUCAUUUUCUAGCAAAUUCUUCACCUUAAGCCCAGAAAUUUUUAUGUUUUUCUAUUUGAGAUUUUAAGUUUUUGGCAGAAAUGUACUUUGUUUUUUUUUUUGGGUUUUUUUUCUCUCUCUCUCGUUCUCUCUCUCCAAUGGCUCCAAUACACUGUUGUUCAAAUUAAUUAUUUUUUUUUAGUUCUUCAGUGUGAGUUUUCUUUAUUAAUAGGGUUUUGCAUUAUUAUUCACUCUAAAAAAAAUAAAAAAUCAUCAGAUCUGAUUUAUUCCAGGAAUUAUACCACCAACGCAAAAACCGUCAGGGUUCCCACACAACUCAUGAAUAACACUAAAUAUUAGUUGCUGAAUCGAUUUCAACGGAGCGUGGAAUCCACACAACAUCUCAUGAACAGGCAAAUAACACACAUAAACACACACACAGAAAGUCUGAUGUUAAUAUAAAAAACAAUAUAGGUGUAGAGAAAGUUAACUUUAUCACACAGAUGCAGCAGGAAGCAGUUUGUGUGUCCUGGUCCAUCGGUGCCGUCAGUAUUAUGAGAGAUUUAUUUACACACGUGUACAAAUCUGAGUAUCUAGGAAUCGCAUAUAACGAGAAAACUGAGCCGUGAGACACUCAAACACCAAGACUGUGAUAUGACUGCCAGAUAAAAUGUCUCUCAAAACUUCUUGAUGUACAUAUGCAAUGCCUUUUGUUUUAUUUUUCCUUUUUUUUUAAUAAAAAAAAAAUGAAAAAUUAUUUUAUGUUCUUAUAGACAAGGUGAAUAAUGCAACGACUGAAAACAAAAAAAAAAAGGACGGUGUUUAACCACUAAUUUUAUUAUUUUUUUUUAAAUGAAUAAAUAAAUUUACUUCCUAUCUCACAUGGGGGACGUUUUCAUGGAGAUGUACCCCACCGCCUUCCUGUCAUCGUCGUCGUGGAAACGACCCGACUCCUGAACCCUUGGAGGACAUCACUGUACCCAUGGAGUCUGCACUGAACUGUUUUCUUCACCAUCUCUGGAAAAAAAAAAAAGCUAAAAGUGGGACCUUGGCUGACCUUUUUGUUUUUUCUUUUCUCUUCUUUUCUUUUCUUUUUUUUUUUUUUUAACAACGGUGGUUUGAUCAGGUUGUUGCAAACUCACCGGUCCUCGCUCCCUUCUCUCCCAUUUUUUGUACCGUAGUGUUCGUUUUAUUUAUAUUUGUCAUUCUACACAGUGUUAUCUUGUAUGUUGUAAAAAGAAAAAAAAAAGAAAUUGAAAAAGAAAAACAGGCACGUCUUCAAAGUCUCUGAAAGGUGAUGAUGGAUUAACUGAAUUUUUUUUUUCUUCUAUUUUUGGGAUCAUUUGCUUGUUUGUUUUCUUACCAAAACAUUAGGGCAAGAACCCAGUAGUGGACUUGCAUUGCCGUGUUAGUAUUUAUUUUGAAUUAAAUUAAAAGAAAUACAUUUCAGGUU